AUGAGCAGGACAGAUCUAUUUAGCUCCAACCAAGACACCGUCUGGGCAGUCAACCCUGAGACAAUCGGAGGCAGCCUCUUUGCACCAAGCUCAUCCUACCAACCAGCUACCUUUCAAACUCGCUGCCCUUCCGCCACCCUCGUUAACCCUAUCCUCAGCUCGCCUCUUGGAUCACAGCUGAUCAGUCUGGCCGCCCUUCAACCACCACCAACAUCAAUGAAAGGCUCCUUUGGAUCUGCUCUCGGCUUCUUUAUCUCCCUUCCAAGAGUAUUCCCAGCCUACUUCUCCGCAGGCCUUCACCCAGUCACAUUCUCCCCACGCCUCUAG